AUGUCAAUACAGGAUGGCAUCAAAGCCGAAAUCUUUCUUUUUAUUCUGCCAGCAGACCACAACAUGAUGGCCCAUAAGAACUUCAGUUCCCAUUUUGUCAAAGGUGUCAAUAGUGUUCAUGCUGAAAUGGUUUCUGAUGUCAAGUCAUGCACAGCCACCAUUUUCAAUCUCAAUGCAAAAUUCUUCAUACAAGUGUAUGCACGGGAUUUGGAGCCUGCAUGUUGUGCCUUGCUCCUUAACCCUCAAGGUGCAUACACAAAGUUUGCACUAGUUCUCUUCCCUCGUCCAGAUCGUGUCUCCCGAGACGACUUUUUCAAAACAUCAAAGCUCGUUUAUAUCUUGAAAGCAUCUCUUUUGGGCCAAUCCUCACUAGCUGCCAAUGCACCUCCAACGCCUAAAACCAAAGCUAAGAUAUGGGAGUUACGUGCCAUAACUCCAGGCCUCAUCACAGCAGCAGCAAUUGUUGCUAUCUUUGUUCUUUCCUGUGACAAAAAGCUAGUCAACGUAGGUGACAAGUCUCGAAUCUCAUACAAAGAGUACCAUAACUACUACCAUCAAACUCUGAUGACCAGCGGCACCUGGGCAGACAGCGUUUACACCUUCUUCAAUAAUUCCCUCUUUGCUACUUCUUCCUCUGUAGCUGCGCUGGGCUCAGACUUUGUAGGUGCGAGCAGCAGUCCACACAAUACCUGGGAAAAGGAUUUUGAGUGCGUGAUGGAAACGGAGGGUGAUUUGCCAGAAGUUGAUGCUCUUCGAGCCAUGUCACCACUCACCGACGAAGAAGAUACCCCACCAUCAGCUGUCUGUGUCGCCAACUUGAAUGCACCUAUUCUCACAUCCGGAUCUAUAUCUGUGGCUAUGCAAGCUCUUGCUGUAGUGGAUUCACAGGACCGCAAGUUAUUACCAUCUACCACUGCACUCAAUGAUUUGGGCUCGCGUCGAGCACCUGGAUUGCUUACCAACAAUGAAGCAGAGUCUGGUCCAGGUGCUCUCAUUCAGAAGCCAAGCCCAAGCCCAAGCCAAGGUGCAAGACCAAGGCUGGAGCCGUCAGGGCCGAGGAUUUAA